AUGCCUGCUCAGUUUGAUUGGCUUUUAGAGAAGACAAAGCCUUAUCUAUUGAAACGUAGCAAAAGACGUCCAUUCCCACCAGAAUUAAGACUGGCUGUCACUCUGGGGAUUUCCUAUCACAGUCCCAACAAGAUGAGCAAAUACAUAAAAGUACAGAAAGACAUACGACAGAAAAACACGAAGAAUAAUGUUGUAUAUAAGAUAUCAUGUGCAGAUUGUGAUGCGUCUUAUGUCGGUCAGACUGGUAGACAGUUAAAAACCAGAAUCGCAGAGCAUCGGCAUCAUAUUAGACAUAACACAUCUACACGUUCGGUUAUUACUGAUCAUAGAGUGCAACAUGAUCAUGAAUUUCUUUGGGAUGAAGUGGAAAUUCUUGAUGAAGAACCGUGUUACAAAAAGCGUUUAGUAUCUGAGAUGUUGAAUAUUAAAAGACAGAAUAACAGUCUUAACUUACAAUCUGACACGAUAGAUCUCCACGAAGCAUAUUCUUCGAUUAUAAACAAAGUCUGA